CAAAACAAAAGGAGCCUCUCCGAAAUCCCCAACCCAAAAUUUUCUCUGUACUCUAAUCUUCCACACAUAUAUAUACACACGCAUAUACAUACACAUGUAUAAGAAGUUGAGGCAAAUCCAGUAUUUGAUGGACGAAAUUCCUUCGAAUUCUUGAAGUGAAGGCUUGAAUUGAGAAAACCCACAUCCAGUUUUGUCGUCUUGUUUUCAUACAUUGAAGAAGACGCAGAGAUCAAUACAGAACAGAGGAGAAGAAAAUGAUAUCGGUGAUGGGUUUUAGUGUGCAAAGCAUACUGGAUUUAGUGGUGGCGGGUUUUUCUCUGAUGAUUGGUUUGGGAAUUUUCGCCUUUAUUGCUUCUGUUCUUUGCUCAGCUGCUUUCUUGCAGAACGCCAAGGACGCCUCUUAGCACUCAGAAAAAUAUAUAUAUAUGCCUUCGGAUCAAGAUGGGCACUUCAAUAGAUUGGUCCUUUUAAAGGGCUUUUUUUUAGUACUUUGGCAGUGACUUGUAUUUUUGUUGUUUUUGAGUAAUAAUGAAUCAAUAAACGCUUAUUGAGUUUUGGU